AUGUUUCAAAAUCGUCGUACUAUACUUCUAUUUAUUUGUUCAAUUGUUUUUGUUCAAGCACUUUAUUAUAUUGUUACAUUACAAGUAAAACAUAAUCAAACAAGAUUAAUUAAUUUUCCAUCGAUAAUAUCAUAUGAACAAGGAUCAGAUAUUGAAAAAAUUAUUGUACAAGAUAUAAAGAAUGUAACAUAUUUCAAUAAUACAUCUAUAUCAAAAGAGUCAAUAAGAGAAUUAAAAUCAUCUGUUGAUGAUUUAAUUUCAAUAAAUUUUACAAAACCUGAUCCAAUUAUAUAUAAUUCAUUACCUAUAUGUAAUUUUUCUAUAUCAAAUAAUGAUUCAUCUAUUUAUAAAGUAACAAUUAAUAAGGAUAUUAAUCCAUUUAAUAUUAUUGAAAAACAUCAUGGUUUUGAUUUACAUAUUGGUGGACAUUGGUUUCCAAAAACUUGUCAAACAGAACAACGUUUAGCUAUAAUUGUAUGUUAUAGAAAUCGUGAACCACAUUUAAAAUUAUUUCUUGAUAAUAUACAUCCAUUUCUUAAACAACAACAACUUGAUUAUACAAUAUUUAUUGUUAAUCAACAUGGUUAUGAACAAUUUAAUCGUGCUAUGUUAUUUAAUGUAGGUGUUAUUGAAGCAUUAAAAUUAUAUUCGUUUAAUUGUUUUAUUUUUCAUGAUGUGGAUCUUUUACCAGAAGAUUUAAGAAAUGUUUAUAAAUGUGGAGAAAAACCAAGACAUAUGUCUGUUGCUGUUGAUAAAUUUCAUUAUAGAUUACUCUAUUCAACUUUAUUUGGUGGUGUAACAGCUUUUAGUGUAUCUGAUUUUAUGGGUGCUAAUGGUUAUCCAACAAUUUAUUGGGGUUGGGGUGGUGAAGAUGAUGAUAUGUAUUUACGUGUUGUUAAAAAAUUAAAAAAAUCAAUUACACGUUAUCCUGUUAGUAUAGCACGUUAUAAAAUGAUACGUACACUUAAUCAUACAUCAGGUAAACCUAAUCCUGAUCGUUAUACAAUACUUUAUUCAAAAUAUAAUUAUGAUCAUGAUGGAUUAAAUACAACAAAUUAUAAAUUACAUAAUAUAGUUUUUAAUAAAUUAUAUAUAUUAAUUAAUGUUACAUUAAAAGAAGAAUCAUUUGAACAAAUACGUAUGCGUUUAAAUAUUAAAAAGAGAGAAACAAAAAAGCCAAUACGAAAAAAGAAAGUAUAA